AUGUUGAGUGUGUACGGUACUUUGCAGGCGGUGACGCUCGGCACGACGGAGCCGGCCGAAGGCACAGCGGUGACCAUCACGACUUGGGGCGCCCUGUCCUCCGGAGGCUCCUCCCCCCUGCAGCUGCAGGCGGUCACCACGUCCAUCGUGGCCCGUACCUCCUGCAACAUAGCCUACGGCGGCGGGAUCACUCAGCGCAUGAUCUGCGCAGGCGAAGACGAGGGCGGGAAGGACUCGUGCCAGGGUGACAGCGCGGACCACUGGUGGAAGGAUCCAUCCAGUACGUCAUCGUCUCCUGGGGCAGAGGAUGCGCUCAGCCCGGCUACCCUGGCGUCUACGCCAACUUGGCCAACCUGCAGUCCUGGAUAA